AUGAGAGUCACCAAAUUCACAGUGGGAAUUUUAGUAUCAAUGAUACUAUUAUCCAUAUUUUUUGCAAAUCUUCUAAAUUUGUUGAGCACCCAAGCUCUGACCACAGAUGAAUUCACCAAAGAUAAUUUCAUCAAUGUAACUGAUACUUCAGAGAAUCUGAUGUGGUUUCUUCAGAUAUCUGACAUUCAUAUAAGUAUAUUCAGGGAUCCUUUGAGAAUAACAGAAUUCAAAGAGUUUUGUCAAUACACUAUAAGUACAAUAAAACCUAUGGUUGUUUUGGCUUCUGGAGAUCUCACUGAUGCCAAAACCAAAGAUGCCAUUGGAUCAAAGCAAUAUGAAGAUGAAUGGAGAUAUUAUAGGGAUAUUUUGAAGGAGACCCAUGUGAAAGAAAAGACUUUGUGGCUAGAUAUCAGAGGAAACCAUGAUAAUUUCAAUGUUGCUGACUUAUCUUCAAAGCAAAAUUAUUUCACAAACUAUUCUGUACAAGGAAGGGCUCAUCCCAGGUCAUACAUGUAUCAAAUGAGGAAGAGGAACACUUUGUACACAUUUAUUGGGAUUGAUGCUUGUCUAGAACCUGGACCUAGACGACCCUUCAAUUUUGUUGGGAUGCUAGAUGAUGUAGAAGUUGAUGAAAUCAAUUCACUCAUCAAAAAAACAGAAUCCAGUCCCAGUAACUAUACAAUAUUUUUCGGACACUUCCCAACAUCCUGUAUUUUGACUACUAGUGGUACAGAGAGUGCCAGAGAUUUGAUAGGAAAGCACAAAAAGGGUUUAGUUUAUGUUUGUGGACAUUUGCACAGGUUGGGUGGACUUGUUCCCAAAAUGUACACUUUGCAAAAAGCUGGAUUUUUGGAACUGGAACUUGGAGACUGGAAGGAUAACAGGGUAUAUCGAUUAUUAGCAAUAGAUCAUGGAAUGUUAUCAUUCAUUGAUAUUCAUCAUAGACAAUGGCCUGUGGUACUUAUAACAACUCCUAAACACGCCCUAUUCAUGAACCCUGCAAAGGAAAAUAUCAACAUCUUGAGGCAUUCUACCAAUAUAAGAAUUUUAGCCUUUUCCUUGUCAAGGAUCGACUUUGUUAAGGUUAAAAUUGAUGAUGGCAGCUGGAUACAAUGCAAACGGGUGAAAGGUCCCCUGUUUGUAGCUCCGUGGAAUCCACAUGAUUAUCUACAAGGGCUCCACAACAUUGAGGUUUUCGUAAAAGAUGUGGAUGGCCGUACGAGGUCUGACUUGCAGCCGUUUUCUUUGGAUGGCACUCGACUGUCUUUCGGAGUCUUAUCCAAAUUAGCUCUUAUGACAAAUGCAAGCGUGAUAUUCAAAUCGUUCUUUUACGUGAUGAUGGUGUUGACAGUAUUACCACUGGUGCUCAUCAGAUACAUUCAUUUUCUGGUAGCAGGUGGCAAACUGGUGAAACCGAGGGCGAGGAAGUCCUGCUGGUUCUCCUGGUUGCGCAAGAUGUGGAUCCUCACCACCGUCGAUAGGCUCUUCUGGCCCGUCGUCCUCUAUCCCGUCUAUCUGGCGGUCGGCCCUUGGUCGAUAGGGCACAUCGUCGAAGAGCACGUGGGCGCCAUUUUCGCUUGGGGCAUUUACGUCAACGGCACUUUUUUGCCGGGGGCGUUCACUUAUUGCUACGGUUUCGUGCAGUUUGUCACCUUCCAAAUUCCUUUGACGUGCAUAGUAGCCAAUGCAGUUUUCUUCAGGUUUCAAGAACUGCAAUCGAAAUAUGAAAGGAAGGAAACUUUGACUAGAAAGAUAUGUCGUCACAUGCCGUUCACCGUCAUUUUCUCGAUACAAGUCAUAAUGGCCUACCUGUUUUGGUUGGCCUACGGCACGAUGGCAUUCUUCCUGGGCCCCCUUAGAACGUGGUCACUCCUUUUGGCGGCCAUUUUGUACUACCAGGCGUUGCAUCUUCCAGAAAAAUGCAUAAGGAGAGCCCUAGAAGUUUGGCAUGUGUCUUCUGAUGCAAACGUAGAAGAAACUGAUCUCAACGUGUCUCCAGCAGAAAAAAGCAACUGA